AGUUCUGCCUCCAAGUUGUUUCCUCGCGGACGCGGUGUCUCUUGCCUGUGUGACGUCAGGCCCCGCAGGUGGAGCAGCAGGUCGACGCAAGACUGAGAGAGUCGCUCCGUCGUCGCCGCAGACAUGUCAGGACGGGCCUCGCCCGUCCUCUCCUCCCAGCUGUCCACCACCUGGUGGAACUCCUCGUUCAGCAGCUCGAGUCGACGGCGAAUCUGAAGGACCAGGUUGACGUAGUCAAGUGUCAUUGUUAGAAAUAUGAACUGUACCACGAGGAAACACCAACUCGACAGCUCGCGUUGUAAAGUAUAAUUUCUCCACUCGUCGAAAACGAAAAAGAGAACAACGGAGGUUAGCACCGUUGCGAUGACAGCUGGGAAACGUUUGGAACCCUUUCCCCCUUCAAGGGGAGUUGCCAACACGUCUUCGACCUCCAAGGACAGCUUUAUAAUGUCCUGUCGGGUCCUCCAGUUCGCGCGACUCGCGACCAAGCACGCCAUGCAGGAGACGUAGUUCACCGCCGGCUCGGCAACCAUCAGAGCGUAGCUGUCGCGGAAGUGCGACGCGAUGCAGCUGGUGUGAUGCACGCCUACUGCCGCAGUCAUGGCCGUGACCAGGAUGUUCCAGACGGUGGCUGGCAGAGACCUGCGGAACUGCGCGGUCGUCCCUGCAGGGUCCCUCCUGAUGUCCACGGUGUGGGUCUCGAGACCGAACAACCUGCAGAGCACGCGCAGAAUCCUCGGAGUUGGGUGUGGGUCACUCAUCUUCACCUAAAACAAAAUAAUUACUCCUUUUGAUAAACAUAAGAAAUACCAUAGAAUGGGGAUACUUGCAAUGGUGGGGUAACUUGCAAUAAAACUACAGGUAAAUAUAUUUUGUGUGUUGCGUGUUGGCUACCAUGAUUCAUUUCAAUGUGUAAUUGUUUCUAUUGCCAUUUGUUUACAAAUCUCUGUUGCAUCUUGUACAUGUUGUUUUAGGCGGUACUUAUUGUUUUGUGCAUUUGUUUUUCAUAAAUGAAUAUUAUUAUUUAAAAUCUGCGAAAAGUAACAUCUGGAAACUUCCUGUAGAAGUUCUUAGAAGUACACAUCUAAAGACAUUGUAAGGUUAUGGCCAGAAAACACAAGAAAGUUCCAGGACAUCGUAGUUAUGCCAAUUUCUCGAAGGAAAAUCUUUUAGCUGCAAUAGAAGAUGUAAAAACUAAAGGCCUUUCAUACAGACAAGCUGGUGAAAAGUAUGAAAUCACUGGAUCAACGAUCUACAGGGUGUUCAAAAAGAAGCACCCCAAAAGUUAUGGAAGACCUGCAGUGUUGACAGAAGAUGAAGAACGUAAGCUGGUUCAUGGGAUUUCAAUGGCGAGUGAUUGGGGGUUUCCAUUUGACAAGUUGGAUAUUUGUUUACUUGUAAAAAGCUUUUUAGAUAAUGAGGGGCGAACUAACCUAGAUUUAAAAAAAAUAUAUGCCAGGUAGAGAUUGGUAUCUUUCUUUUAUAGGAAGGCACAAGAAAGUUCUGUCGCCACGAUUUUGUCAGAACAUUACGAGAGCAAGGGCUGGUGUUAGCAGAGAAGUUCUAGAGAAAUAUUUUGCUAACUUACAGAUCUCUUUGCAUGGAGUAAAACCAAACAUGAUCGUCAAUUACGACGAAACCAAUAUGACAUAUGAUCCACAAAGAGCAAAGGUGGUGGUUAGACGGGGGGCAAAGUACCCAGAACGUGUUAUGGAUCACUCCAAAGUUAGCGUUUCUGUGAUGUUCUCAGGAACAGCAUCAGGCAUUGUAUUACCACCCAUGAUUGUUUACAAGUCUGAGCACCUGUAUGAUACAUGGAUGGAGAACGGACCAAAGGGUUCAAUAUACGGGUGCUCCAAAAGUGGGUGGUUUGAUGGUCACCUAUUUCAGAAAUGGUUUUGCAAUAUAGCAUUGCCCUAUUUCCGAUCUUGCGAUAAAGGAGAUGGAAAUUCUCCAAAAGUCUUGAUUGGGGACAAUCUUACUAGCCAUCUGUCCAUGCCAGUCAUUGAAGAAUGCAGGAAACAUAACAUUAAAUUUGUUUUGCUGCCACCAAACAGCACACAUAUUUGUCAGCCUCUCGAUGUAGACUUUUUUCGUCCUCUGAAAAUUAAGUGGCGACAAACUCUUGCAGAGUUCAAAGCAAAGUACAAGGGGACAAUACCAAAAAAUUUAUUUCCCAGAUAUUUGAAUGCAACACUGGAAAAACUGGAAAAUGCUUCGCAAAAUUUAUGCUCGGGGUUCAGAGCAACUGGCUUGUAUCCAUUCAAUCCGCAACAAGUUUUAAAUAAACGUCCAGCUGAGAAUGAAGUUUCCUCUGCCAACUCAACAGCAGAUGGCUCUUGGUCUGAAGCAUUCAUUGGGGUUCUGCGAGAAGCUCGAUUUGGCCAGUCGUCAGCCCCUCGAGUUCGCAAGAGAAGGGUUGUUAAUGUUGAUCCUGGUCUAAGUGUAAAUGGAAGUUUAGAAGAUACCAGCAUUGACCAGGACCCUUCUUCAACUUCAGCUCCUUCAACUACAGCUUCUUCAACUUCAGCUCCUACAACUUCAGCUCCUACAACUUCAGCUCCUACAACUUCAGCUCCUACAACUUCAACUCCAUAUGCUAAGGCUAGAACAUGGUCAAAGUUUUCAUCAGAAUCUGUGGAUUUUGAAAUGACAGAUGUGCAUCAGAAUGCAGAAAGUGAACAUGAGACUGCGAACUUCUGUCUUAUCAAUUCGUGACUUUUUAUUGGUGAAGUUAAUGUAUGAUAGCAGAUCAAAUAAUGCAGUUCAAAGGUUCUUUGUUGCUAAAGUCCUAGAAAAGAAUGAAUCUGUUGUUUAUUGUUCUUUUCUCCGUAAACGUGCUAAGGCCUCAAAAGUAUUUUUCUUCCCAUCAGUGGAAGAUAACUUUAAUGUGAUGAAAGAAAACAUUGUGAGAAUAUUGAGAGAACCAAGAGUAGUACGAGGGCGACAUAUAUUUACAGAGUAUUUUACUGAACAGAUUCAAUGAACUCACCUGAUUCAUAACAUGCAUUGUUAAAUUUUUUUUUUAUGGGGUUACUGAUCAGUUUCAUGUGACAUUUGGUUUCUAUUUUAUUGCAUUUUUACUUAAAUAUAGUAUUUAAAUAUUCCAACUGUUGCAAGUAACUCCACCUAAGUGUUAACUUGCAUUUCCUAAAUGAUUUAGUAAGUGUUGCAAGUUACCCCACUGAUGGGGUUACUUGCAACAGUUAUAUUUUGUCGUUAUACGUGAAAACUAUUUUGGGUAAAAUAAUUUUGUGCAUAUCAUUGUAUUCUACAUGCAUAUAUUAUGUACCAUGUCUAUAUUUAUCCCAUUAACAUGAGUCUGGUAUAGUGUAACGUAUUGUUGAAUUCAUUCUCUGUUGCAAAUAUCCCCAUUCUACGGGUACAUAUUUACUUAAAAAUAAAAACUGGAUUUAUAUUUGUUGAUACUCCAAUAAAAUACUGCCGACGAAAAAAAAAUUAAACUCUUAACUUAUUCUUUAUUUAAUGCAGUUCUUUGGACAUAAGCCAUUUCAGUUUUGAACUGUUUUGUCAUGGGAAAUCUCAGAAAAUGGGGGAAAAAUUCACAGAAAACAAUACUGAAUCAGCUGAUGUCACAAAAACGGAACCAACUAUGAAACUAAACAGAGGCGCACCCAGGAAUUUUUUUCGGGGGGUGUUUUAAGUUUGUUUGUUUUUUUUUAUGAAGGAACACCGGUUUCAAAAAUAAAGAGGGGGGUCCGGGGGUUCUCUUCCGGGAAAAUUUGGAUUUCUAGGUGAAAAUUUGUGCUAUUUAAUGAGUUUUUGUAUCUAAUUAUUGACUAUACUGCUGGUAGAAAAAAGAAUUUUUAGUGCGGUACUAAAUUUUGUUUUACACAAGGAUAAAACAAAGAUACCUUUAUCAAACCCAGGGUCUCGUCCGCUCAAAAUCAGUAUUAUUUUAAUACCAUGAGAAUCAUAGCAUGCAUUAAAAUCCACAUUCUGUGCAACUUAAAUCACUGGCAAUGAUGGUUUGAUUUUUACUGCAUUCACACACACAAAUUAAGUUCACUCUACGAGUAAAAACAAAGGGUAUAAAAUUCACACAUAUGUCUAGUUAAAACUGCAGAAAUACAGUCCAAAAUUAUGCAAAAAUUGAGAUAAACGCAGCGCACAAACAAUUCUUAGUUUUUAUAUAACACAAACUAAUUUGUAAAAAAAUUUAAGUAAUUCAUGGUAGCAGACUACAAAUGUAAUACUACAAUAACACUGAUCGGCGAUCUCCAAUCUUUACUACUGAAGGCCCGAAGCCAAAGGAAAGGAAAAAUAUAUAUUGAAAUGAAGUAACUACAAUUUUUACACUAUGCGUUAAAGUUCGUACAUUACACACUUUAAAGGUAAUAUAUUAUAAAUCUUUUACUGGUUAUAGUAAUUUUGGAAGUCUCUAAUUUUCAGGAAUACUCUUUUUUGGUCUAAAUCUAAUCUAGUAUAAUACAUAGCAAAGUAAAUAAUUAAUACACAGCAUCAGUAAAAGAAUUGUGUCACUGCAUUUGAAGGAAUUAUGAAAAUCGACUUGUUCUAAUGUUCCGUCUGUCCUUCCAGGAAACGAAAGCCUCAUAUUUAACAAUGCUGCAUCCGUUCUGUCAAAUACAGUUGAUGAUACAUAUUGCAGACAUGCAAAAUGAAAUGUUCGUGGUACACUAUUAAAAAAUACUACUAAACAACUAUUAUUCACGACAAGGCAAUAUGAUUGGUUUGAACUAUCAAGCAAGUCUCGUACGUCGAAACUCGAAUGAUUUCAUUUAUUCCAUUCCAAGUAUUCCGUCUGCUGCUAUAAUCUACUGUUAAAGCAUGGCUCCAUAUAUCAACUAGCCCCCCCACCCCAGGUUAUCGGCGGGCGACGCUCUUGGGCACGGGUGAGUUGGGGACUGAGUUCUGUACUGACAGACCUUUCCUGGACAAUGUGCGCAGGGCAACAGUUGUUUACUCAUCGCAAGAUACUUGUGAAGACAUGCACGCAAUCAUUGGGUCGUGCCUGCACUGUGGUAGGAAUUAUUCAUCUAGAAAUGCGAAUUAAUGUUUUUGUAUUGCACAGUAAUGUAUGCUCUCUGGCGACUAGAGCCACGUGAUAUCACAAGUGCCUCUGUCCAACCUAUAUUCCUGCCACGGAUCUACCCAUCAUCAUGAACUGCAGGUUUACUGUUUCAUGUAAGUUGUCCAUGUUUUGACGAUUCUCUUCCUAGAAAGACGUCCACCCUCUCCAUUGUAGUGGUAGUGGUGCUUAAUCCUAAUACUUCCCGGCUUCUUGAAGAAGAAAAAAAAAAAAAACAGGGUCUGUGCUCUCAUGUUUGUGUUUACAGGCACUUUUCUCGGAAGAUAAACAUAAAAAAAUGGACAAUUACUUGAAAUACAGUAUAGUAGCUGACACACAAAUGAGAAAUCUAUCAAUUCCCUGCAAGCCGCUUACCUUCAUGUUAGCCUCAUAACUAGUUCCUGGCUUUGGUCGUUUGGAGUAGUUCAGUAAAUUAAAACCAUGCUUACGUUUAGACAUUCUGAUACCGCACUCACUAUCAACAUCAGUUCUAAAACUCGCGAAGAAGAACACUGCCCAGUUCCCACAAUAUUCGAUAGUGUUACACGGUAGCCGAAAACAGACUGAGUAAGAGAAAAUGAAAACGCAUCGACUAACAGAGCGAGGGAUAACGACUAGGGGAGGGGGUGCCGGUUAGAGAUUGCUAGGUGCGGCAGGGGUAAGCAUAGUAGUCUGGCGACACCAUAAUGUAUACGCUGACGUGAAAACAUCUCACAAAGUUUGGUAGAUUCAGCGCUGCCCAUAGACCAUCGUACCUAUUUUGCUGGGACUGGAAAUGUUUUAAUUUUUUCCAUUCUAGAUUUUAUCUUCACAUUUUCGGAGGGGGUUUAAACCCCAUAACCCCCCCCCCCCCCCCCUGGGUGCGCCACUGAAACUAAACAAGUAUUAUGGACAACAUAACGUCGACGGCACGGUCAAAAAAACUUUAACAUAUAAAUAUCAUACAGCACAAGAAUUCCGUUGAAGGAACUGAGUCAUGGAAAAAUUAAUGCAACAACACAGACGAACACAGAGAGCUAACAACGACGAGACAGAUUAAUGCAGGCAGACAACAAACCUGGACAAUGCAUGAAACACAUAAACACAGCAAUGAAGAUAAGCAAGUACUUUGGGCUACACCAAGAACUGGCUGGUUUCUCGUGUCGCCACCGGACAAGUUUCUAGGGAACUGGAGUUUUCUUGAUGAAACUUUUACGAGAGAGAAAUAGUGCAUUAUUAAGGGGCCUGCCUCGUCAGGGGUGUAUCUGUGUUAUAUAGUGUGGUUGAUUUUCACCUUCUAAUAGUGUUAUUGGUAAUGACUUAAGCUGCGAGAGUUUUUUUUUUUAAUUUGUUUUGGCACUAAAGUAUCAGACUUGAAUAGUUUCUGUAAAGAAAUAACAUAGCUUCCGAACGACCUGUAAGAGAGAAACAUUGAGAUAAUGUCACAUUAAAAUCGUGACUUCUUUGCACCUGAUAACAUUGACAUAAAGCUCGAUAUCAAAGCAUUCGCUCGUUUAUUUAUUUUUUAGUGCAGCCAGAACCGGCUGCACUUUACAAAUAAGUACAAAAAUAAAAACAAACAGACAUAAACAUUAAAAUGGAAAAACAUAAUAUAAAGAUAAACGCAAUUAUAUUAAAGUAUUCUGUUUAGAAUAAUGUUUUAUUUUUAGUUAUAAACCUAGGGACUGAAAUUCGCGUUUUCAAUGACCUCUAGGAUAGACUCAACGACCAUCUAUGUACUCGACUAGUUACACUAACUCAUUGGCUACUGACUAGUGACACAUCAUAACUGGAAUUAUUUUGGUUCGAUACUUCUUUCGUUGAGGUUUUUCCAUUGGCUCAUUGUCUUUCAGAUAAACUGUGGCCCAAAUACUGAAGCAGCAUAAAGACAAACGUAUUUGGAUUAUAGUUUGUUGCGAAAUGAAUCCGCGAUUUUUUAAUGUCUCUACCUUAUAAGGAGGAGCAUGUACUUUUAGAGAAAAUUAUUGGAGACUGUAGAGUUGUCUGGUUUCGUGAUUCGUUGAGUUUCUUUCAGUUACAAGUUUACUGUUGGCACACCAAUCACAGCCAUUCAGUGCGGAAGCUAACACGUCCUGAGUGGCCCGGCCAAACAAGGCAAUAGCUUCAGUUGCAGACGGCCGCCAAUCACAAAGAAGAAACCGCUGGCAUGGGCAUACCUUGUUGCAGUCUAAUAGAGUACGUUCUUCCAAGUUAUAUCCCCCCUUCCCGAACGAAUACAACCUGUUUGUAACUACUGUAGGCUUUCAAUAAAGUGUCUAGUUUUUAGUAGCAGGAUACAUUUGGAGAAACCCGUUAGUACAUACAAAUCCGAUGGUUGUAUAUCUUUUUUUAAUGAAAAUACUCAAGUUUGUAAAUCUCCUGGGAGCAACCCUUUUGUUAGGUUACAAAACUCAACCUGCAGAUAUUCCACUCUACGAGGCUGGGAUAGUUACUGCAAAUAACUUUUUCCACUGUAUUAGAAAUCACAGUAAUUUACAAAAAAAAAAAAAAUCUCGUAGCAUUACAAUCUACUGCUUGGAAACUGUAUUCCAAAAGCAUUUUUUGUAUGAGUACAAAAAAAGCUUUUUCUGUGUAAGGGCAUUGUUUACCUGGCUUCAGAAAAAAAAACCUUGUGAUUUGAAAACUGCGAAGAUGAUUAUCAGAGUUGUGUCUGUUUACGAAAUACUUUUAAGAAUACGCUGUUGCAAAGGCGUGGUUCUGCUUCCGAAGUUUCAUAUUGAAACUGUUUUUUUUUUUUUUUUUUCGGAAGAAAGAAAAUGGCUGAAAUUCGUGUUUUCGGAACAUUAUUUUUAGGCGUGAAUCUCCACGGUAGAGAUUAUUGAAAGCACUUAAAGGACGUGCAUUACGCCUUUAUCUCAAUUUCUCCGCCAUAUAAUGUUAUAUGGUCACCGCUCAGAUCUGAUAGUUGUCGUGUGCACUGGGAGAAGACUGCGCGCCAGUCCAGAGAAGACACCGCGCUAGAAGCACCAGUCAGUCCCGCCUCACUGACACACACACGCCCCUGACUAAGCCCUGGUGGGGAAAAAAAAUUGGUUGUCUGUGUGCCGUUAAUUAGUAAUUUCGACACGAUAUAUUUUAAAUUUUUAUUAUGAUUUUAAAUUUUUUUUGUGUGGAAAUUUUAUUUGCUCUACUUUAGUGUGAUUUUACUUUGUUAGUCUGGUGUACUCCUCUGAGUUAAACUUUGUCUCAGUGCUCUGAAGCCCCUUUCCCAUCGGCGUAUCGGAUAUUUUGCUGGCCUAAUCCCUGACUGGCAGACAGCUUUUCAUUUCCCCUGCCUUCAGUCACGCCUCAAGCCUGUAAUAUUGUGACGGGGCUCCGUCAGACGUCCCGCGUACACCUAUACACAUAACAAUAAAUAACCUAUAACAUUUGGGGGGUGGUAGCUGUUGGUAAGCAUGGUACUCGAGAUCAAGUCUUCUCCCUAUACAGGAAGUGUAGGGUAUAAUUUAUGUACUGAAAAGAAACAUGAUUAGUUCAUUCAAGCACAGAUUUUAUUCACUAGGAUAAAAAAAAACAAUAAUAAUCAACCAAAUAUUUGAUUAACAAAUUAAUAAUAAAUCAUUUUACAAUGGGAUGGGAUUAACGAAUAAAUAAAUACAUUAAAUACACAUUAAAGUGACGUCAGCCGGCAAACAAUUAUCUCUACAACAUGGCGGUUCUCUCGUAGUCACAGCUACGCGGAAGGAUAGUAUACUUCCCAGUUACCACUACCUGCAUGCUUAUAACCAGACGUCGAUUUUUCCCAAAACCAAAUAAUAAAUAAUAGAGGUGGAAUACUACAUUAUUACUUAAAAGAUUAAGACGAAGAUCGUCCAAGAAAUGAUUGUGGCGAACGAGCCAUGGCCAACCACUUACCCUUCUGACUUGUGGCGAAGCAAAGUUGUUUCAAACCGACGUGGACUCGGCUUCCAGAGAGGUCCCCAGGCAAAAAGCCUCGGCCCCUCCCUGGAAGGAGGUUUUAACUACAAAACUAGGCCAUGCCGGAAAAACAAAAAAAAAACACACGAACACCGGAAAACUUAUCCACAAGGCAACUCGCGGUCCCCUCCCUUCCCACAAGGAAAAAAAUGAAAAACAAGUGAAGUCAGCUAUUCCUUCCGCGCAGGCGCGCACGAGUUUCCCCCUCUCCCUCUUGCGCUGCUCGAUUGUUAUUUUUCCGUCUACGUUUCCAAACUCGGACGCAAGAUGGCAUCACUAAUCAGGACAGAGUCCUCGAAACGCGUACUCAAAAGCCUCGCGCGACAAACAAGAGACUAGCGUAGCGUAGCAGGUUUUUCUGGAACGGCGUGUUGCAACCUCUCAGCGGGCCCUGGCCAGCAACCCGCGAGAAUUAGCUAACCACGCAGCUUCGCAAAAGCCCGCGGUGCCUGUAAACUAAUGUCGCAGCAACCUAUAUUCCCAUACCCGCGUGUCGAAAUCAACCGGCCGAGCCUGGAAACGUGCACGUACACCAACACGUAAACCUGACGAGAAACAAAAUUACAAUAAAAUUUAAGAAAAAAAAGUAAUGAAAUUUUCAGACCGUGACAUUACCCCGGUCUACAAGGGCUUGUGCCCCACAAGCCAUAAAAAUUCCUAACAAUGAAUAAGACCAAGGGGCAAAAAUUUAUAAGUUAAAUGCCUACUCGACCAAGACAGCGCACGAAGGUUAGGUUUUACCACAACAAUUACAUUCAAAGUCUAAACUGAAAAAGUUAAACCAAUACAAAAUACAAAAUAGCCCAGGAAACAAUUCUUUCCUGUAAGAAUCGAUGGUGGCUGGCACAUCGUAAAACUACUCGUACGACAUACAACUAGGAGAGGCAUGAACCGUGGACAGAUCAGCCCUAGUUGAAGCUGGAGAGAAGAGUCCUUGAAGUGUGAUCUGCAGCUCACACCCAGGAUCCAGCCUUCAGAGCAGUUCUGCCCUCAGCCUGCCUUCCUCGCAGCAUGUCAUCGGGGAUGUCUCCCCAGUGAAACUGAACAAAAAUUUCAACACCAGUAUCAAAAUCUCACCAAAGAACAUACACGACACUGUCAAGCCUAUUUAAACAAGUUAAUAAGGGGGGGGGGGGGUAUUCUUAACAUCAUAUCAAAACAUUAUGUUAAUACAAGGUUGAUAACAAAAAAAGAAAAGUUAAUUAUUCCAUUAAGUAAAGCUGUGAAGUGACCCUAUUGAAUAAUUAGCAAACAAUGUUCACAUUUUAUAAAGUGACUGAUUAACACAAAAAGAUCCACCCUACAUUUACUCUUUAUCAGUUCCAUAAACAGCAUAACUAACCAAGGAUGAGUCCAGGGGCAUGUUAUUCUCCAACAACAACAACAAAGAUGAUCAUAAAUAUGUCAAUAAAAUGAAACAAACACAGCUAAAGUAAAAUGGGAGCUUGGCCUCCAAGAAAAACAAAGGAAUGGACUAUACAAGUCAGGAAAACAAAGGAUAAACAUCAGGAAAGGAACCUGAAAUGUCCAUAGGAUUAGGUGAAGUCCAAGAUCUUCAUAACACGCCUCUGCAGCUACUAGCUACAGAACAGAAAAAAAAAAAUAGCAUUGUCACUGGUUGGCCGAGAGUAACUGAUUUCUUCGUUCGGCCCAAGUCGACGAAAACGAGCCCCACGCUGAUCCGUUUCUUCAUUCUUUUUAGACAGAAAGUUCGCAUACACACAGCAACCAAUUUGGGAAGGGGCUUCCACCGUAUAACUCCUCAUGAGUUAUAAGCAGCCCACCACACAACAGGGGAGGAAACAGUAGUCCAUCUCCCACACAAGUUCAAUGGCUGCACAACACAUGGUCCUCAGUCAGGAGGACAUACAUGGCGAAGGAAAGUUCUUCACAUAACUUACGUAACGUAAUCGUUGAAGUCUCUGGAUGUGUUACAUCGAUGCACUGUCUCUUCUUCAAGAAAGAAAAAGAAAACAUAAACACUUGUUGCUAACAACUCUGCCUCACUUGAGUCUGUGGAAAAAGGAAUUACACUGUCUUCAGAGGCACGAGUGCACACAGGUUCGGACAGGGGAGGGGAUAGACCAGGAACAAGGUAUCCCUACCCAGGUUAAAUCAAAGGCGAGCGUAGACAAAUAAAUUAAAAAAAAAAAAUUAACCCUAGAUUAAUAAUUGCUUGGACCCCUAGAUUCAUCCUCGAUUGUCGUCUCUUUUUUUUUUUUUUAAGCAAAAAGUAAAACCUCUGAACUGAACAGUUAAUUACAAAAACAUUAUAAAUCCUAACCACAAAAGUGUUUAACAACUAUGUGCCCUUGAUGGGGAAAACAAAUCAAACAUAAACAUCAGUUCUAUAAAAUUAAUCACACAGGGUGAGGUAGACAUGAAAUUCCUCACCUGACUCACUAACCAACUUAGAUUUUAAUCGACAGUUCUCAGAAAAUUGAUCACGUAAGUUAAAGGUUUCACUUGUAGUUGCAACAUCAGUCUGUACAGUAGGUGAGAUUUCCUCAGUUUUCCGUAAUUUCCACUUGAGUGACAACCAUUUCCAUAGCAGAAAAAGAAUCAUACACAUUAUGACACCAAGUAUAAAUACAGUUAUGCUUAUCUCCAUUGUUAACAUGACAUUUUCAUUUUUCACUAAAAGCUGAUACGCGGGGGAAGGUACCAAUCCCCACUAGAUAAGGGUUUCUUACAACAAUUAGUAAUAAAGUACCACCAAUCACAAAUAAAGAAAUACUUUGUAAAUGUUUUAACAAAAAGCUUACAACUUCCACCGGGUCUCGCAGCUGUAAUUCGUCGGGCCUCGUAAAAGAACGUGAAACGACCAAAUUCAAGUGAGGAAUAACAGAAGGCCAAUCCUCGUCUAAACAAUCUUCUAAUGAAGGAAAAACUGUGUGUGAAGAUGCUGUUAAAGGUAAAAUCUUUAAUUUUUUUAAUUUUGACCAAGCAGCUGGAAUCACAUGAAUCAUUUGGAAUUUAGCUUUAGAAAGAAAAUCACACGGAUAAAGUUCAUUAAUUUUAAGCUCAUCAUUCAUGUACAGGCGACAAUCGCAAGGGACCUCAAUGUCCACAGCGCCAGGUCGAUCUGCAGCCGCUAAAAACAAGGUUUGGUUCUUAUUCACUAAACAUUGCACUUCUAGUUUACCAACAGGGUUAGUUAGAAAAUACCGUUCAGGACCAGCUUGCGUAAUCAUGAGGUGGGUUCCCGAAUGGCAUCUGUAAGCACACAGUUCACCAAGUUUCUCUGCAGUCACUCCCUGAAACAAAGCUUUAGGACAUAGAGAACUUCCCAUGGCAUCACCUGAAAAUCUGGGCACAAAACAUAAACUGUCUUCGAAGGGACGACAAUCCAACAAAUUUCUACCCUGAAUGGUCACCAGUUGCUCAUUAUUUACGGCUAAAAAGUUUGGCUCGUGCUCCAAGUGGCAAGUGUUAUUUUUCCAGCGGAAAGGUACCGCAACAAACUGAAAUAAUUUCCAAUUGGAAUUAACAUGAACAAUAGGUAUCUUAAGUUUGACAUACAAGUUCUCCUGAUAAAUGUGACAGCGACAAAUAGGUAAAUGAAAAUACUUUUGUACUUGGUCAACACUAAUAGUUAAACGAUUCUAAACAAAGAUGGGUAUAGAUUAACUAUUUGAAAAGUCUUAAAAAAAAAAUUAUUAAACAUCCCCACAGCCACAAACCUCAAUACCUAAACUAAAUAAUUUUACAAAUAAUCUCAUCAAUCAAAAUUGAAAUUAUUCUGACGAUCUGACCUCUGGCACCUGGUUCAAAAAUGACUCCGACCUGAAAUCGAUGACUAUCAACAUGCUUCUAACUUUUUCAAAACAACAAAAGCCGAUAGAUGCCUAACAUCCACCUCCUGUGGACACACAUUGUGGGACUCUAACCCAACAACAACAAAAGAAAAUUCUCAGUGGCAGGAUUGGCUCGACCAAUCCUCCCUGUGGUGCCAAUUCCCUGGCCCACCACGUCUACCCAGUCACAACCAGGGCCUCCAUGCCCUCACGCUACAGCCCAUUCCUCCAGGGUCUGUAUUACAUUACUCUCUAUAGCUUCCUAAAAUGGCAUCAUCAACAAAUAAAUUUCAUCAACACAGUAACUACUCAAUCGAACCAGGGCCAUAGCCAAAAUCAACAAAAAUUAUGUCUGUUAUUUUUAACCAUUAUUUACUAUUUAACUUGCUAUUUUAAUAAAACAAAUUCCUGAAUCAACAUCAUAAAAUUAGACUGCCCAAGAAAAAAAAUACUUUUCUUUAUUCACUUAAAAUCUGCCUGUUAUUAAUAAACCAUGAAAGCUGAAAUAAAAAUUGCAUUAAACAUCCUAGACAAAAAUUAAAAAAAAA